AGGACGGGUGGCUUGAGCAGGAAGAAUCGAUUGUGCGGUUCACAGUGUCUUCAUCACCGCUCUAAACGGCUCCUAGUGGACAUAAAGCCGUGAAUCACCUCGGGUCGGGAACCGCUUCAUGAGUACGCGGGGCUGACGGAGGACAGGACGACCGGACCGCCAACGGUACCCGUUAUCCGCCGGCCGCCGCUCGGUGCCGGUCACCGUUAGAGAGCUGCUUCGUUUAUGGGCAGGUGAGCAGCAGCAGCCAUGAGCGCCGAGCCAGACGCGCUGGCUGUGGUCAACCAGCUGAGGGACCUGGCCGCUGACCCCAUGAACCGCAGGGCCAUCGUCCAGGACCAGGGCUGCCUGCCGGGACUCAUCCUGUUCCUGGACCACCCCAACCCUCAGGUGGUCUACUCUGCCCUGCUGGCGAUCCGUUAUCUAGCAGAAUGUCGAGCCAACCGAGAGAAGCUGAAGGGGGAGCUGGGGAUGAUGCUGAGCCUCCAGAACGUCAUGCAGAAGUCAACCACUCCCGGAGAGACUAAGCUCCUGGCCUCUGAGAUCUACGAGCUUCUGCAGGCGUCCAGCAGCGCCGACUCUGAACCGGCUGAGGAGGCCGUCAGCAGCCGCCGUAAAGCCCAGUUCUUCCUGGGCUCGAGCAACAAGAGAGCCAAGACAGUCGUCCUCCACAUCGACGGCCUGGACGACUCGAGUCGGAGAAGUCUGUGUGAGGAGGCGCUGCUGAAGAUCAAAGGCGUGAUCAGCUUCACCUUCCAGAUGGCCGUGAAGAGGUGCAUCGUCCGAAUCCGCUCGGACCUGAAGGCCGAGGCUCUGGCGUCUGCCAUCGCCUCCACUCAGGUGUUGAAGGCUCAGCAGGUGGUGAAAGGAGAAAACGGAGAUGAGGUCUUGAUCCCUUUCCCAGAGGACGGUUCUGUGGAGGUCGAGCAGAACGUGGAUCUGCCGGACUACCUGCCAGAAGACGAGAGUCCGUCUGAGGAGCCCGACAAGGCAGUGAGCCGAGUGGGAUCAGGGCAGGAUGGAACCAGUUGGCUCGGAGCUGCCGCCAACUUCCUGUCCCGCUCCUUCUACUGGUGACCCAGCAGGGUUGCCGCUCCCUCGUGCCCCCACCUCCCGCUGUUAAACCUCCCUCCUCGUCUCAGAACCAAAACUUACCAGCUGCCAAAUUGUGAUUUUCAGCCGGAGAGACAAAACUGAGUUUACAGUGAGUGUGAAACGCCACCAUGAAAACUGUUUCCUGCCAGGAUCCUGCUCUCUGACCUCCAUGUGGCGACGUCCUCUCUGUAAAUGGGCCCGUCUGUUACAAACCGAAAUGUCUGUUCAGACAGGAAGUGUCCCACAAUGACUUGAACAAACACCGAGUUAGAACACAGAGACCUGAAGAACAAACGGGACUCCUCCUCCUCCUCGUUUUAUCUUUCUUUUAUUUAUUUGACCUCUUGCGGUCUGGUGUGUUUUGGAGGCCGAGCAGCCUCAGUGAGCUGUGCCUUUUAGUUUCUCUGAUCACAAACUUCCUGCUUCGUCCUUUCAGGCUGCAGGACAAUUAUGGCAAACACCCAACAUGCUGAAGAAGAUGACAGAUGAGAUAAACACGUGUUGUGGCUGUUUCAUCAGGGGGGACCAGAUAAAACCUUAUCCCUGAUUUCCAAAGAAAAGAAGGGAAUCAUUCCAGUUUCAAGUUGCACUGCAGUUUUAUUUGAAAGUGUUUCUGCUGAACGGGCCACUUCCUGUAAUCUCUGAACGUGGGCUCCUCCGAUUUCAGCUUUAAUGUAAACCACAUGUACACCCACAUGGGUGAGUUUGUUUGUUUCUAAUGAGUGCAGUUCUUCUCAGGACAGUUCAGACUGCUUCGUGAGUCAUCUGAUCAGAGCCGCAGUGCUGUGUGAGUCUGAGCUGAUCGUUCAGAGGAAAAACCAAAAAAAGAUGAUGCCAGUAUGUCAUCUGUGUCAGUUUCAUGUAUCAAUGUGAGGAAGGGUACAACAGCCUCUCCUCUCCACCCACACAUGAUGGUUUCUUCUCUUUAUAACCAUCACUCUUUAAUCUGUUUAGCCACACAGCAUCUUGGACUCCCUCAUUUUUUUCAUUUUAGGCAGAUUUUAUGUGCAGCUUAAACCAGUGUCAGAGAUGCUGAGUGGAUUAUGAAGGGUUUUCACGUCAGGUGGAGGAAAUCUGUUGCUGGAUGCACACGCUGGCAUUUGGUUGAAGAGCACCCUGCUGGCAGACUGGUUAAAAGUUUAACGAUCAGUGUGCAGAAGACAUGAGGGUUAAGAUAUCUUUUGUCUCUGAUCCAGAUGUUGGGUGUUUGUUUCUGACAGCUAAAAAAAAUGAAAAGAACAAAGAACGCUGGGCUGAUUAUGUCCCGGCUCGGGGAGUGAGCAGAGCGGCCAGUGGGUUCCCAGACUGAUGGCAAACAGAAGCGAGCGACUCAGAGAUGCUAGAUGUGGAGGUUUGUUGCACUUGGUGUGUAAUCUGCAUUCAGAGCAGAGUCUCUGUCUUUGUGUUUGUGUGGGCGAUGCAGAGAGAGCUGCAGCAGCUCCACCCACAACCACCUCCAAAAAUGAGAUCUGGGAUUUUUAAUGUUAUUACAGCAGGAACCAAAGAGGUGGUCAGAGUGUAAAUCAGGUGGAGUUUUCUGUGACUGUCACUGCGUGCGUUCAGUGAGCUCGUUCAGACAGGAAGCGUUCCGAUGGCGUCACGUUUAUUUGAAAGCCGUUUCUGUCUGAAAGCAGUUAAAAACUGACAGGAGCUGCAGACUGAUCAGAGGUCAGAGAAGCUCAAAGGUCACAGGUGUGAUUCCAGUUGGAUCAGUGAGAUAAUGGUGCUUUACUUUCCCUUUCAGACUUUGGUUGUUUUGCUUGCACCCUGAGUGAAUGCCUUUAAACUCUUCUUCACAUCCAACCACUGCUGUAUUUUAUGGAGACGUGUUACCUGGUUUUUAUUUGCUUUGCCACUUUAGAGACCUUUUUUUUUUUCUUUUUUAAAACAGUUUAAUCUGAGGUUAAUGGUGUAUACAAGAAAUGUGCAUGUUAAACUGUGGACCACGCUGGACUGGAUAAUGGGAACAAAACCAUUAUGCAGCUGCAAGUUAGGACGCUAAAUAAUUUUGUGAAUGAUAACGUCAGAAAGCAGUGAGCUGUGCCUGCUGUAAGACCUUAAAACCCACAAAGGUUCAAAUUGUACCUGAGCAGCGGCUCAAACGCUCCGUCUGAAGUCAGUGAAACAAUCAGUGAGAGAAGCUUUAACGAGCUCGUUACAAAUGACAGCACGGUUCUGUCGGUGGAUUCACUGACUUUCCCUGAAAGUGCCCGCGCUGUGGUUUCUGCUGAGCAGCCAAUCAGAAGCUUCUGUGUUGAUGUUUCAGAGGAAAACAAACUGAAGCUGAUUUGACCCGUGUUGGGACCUUUGAUCACUGCUGGUGCUCCCAUCCUGUGUGUGUGUUGUGUUCCCGGCAGGCGUGUUGAACACUCACAUUCAGAGUAGACUGCUGUCAGAUGUUAACAUGACACUCGAACCCGUCAGCCUGAAUACAAGACGACAGCUCGAACACGUCGGUGGUUUCUUUGGCGUUUCCAUGGGAACACUGUGUAAAAUUGCGUAGAGCCUCCGCCGAGCGUCUCGACGUUUAAUAUUUUAACGCAGUAAAAACAAACCGACUGCCGAGCUUCGCUCAGUCUGUCGUGAAUAGUUCGGAUAAACAGCUUUGGCUCUUCUUCUGCUGAUCUUUCUUUCCUCUGAAUCCUAACGGCUGAAAGCGUUUGUGAGGGUCGGCGUUAAACGCGGCACUCUGAGGGUCUUAUAUUCAGGCCGGUGCGCUACACGUGCUUCUCCGGGUAUCACCUCGGGCUGUUACAUUAUUGAAGGUCACAUUACGGAAGCAUUUUUUUACAGCAUUCUUUUUCUUUCAUCUCUGCCUGCAUGACCUCUGCAUUUAUUUUCUUCUACUCAGGUUCAAUUUUGAUAAUUCAGAUUUAUUAGAAAUGAAAAGCUUUCUUUAAUAUUCUGUUGACCUCUUGUUUUUUUUUUUUCUUUUCUCUAAAUUCCCUGAAACCAGCCGGCGCUGGUUCACAUCACGUGUGCUGCUGUAGAAACUGUCUGUUCUCUAAUGAUGGUUCCUGAAUAAAAACUGUUACGAUGUUUCGGCCUCCUGCUCCUCCUGUUCAGCGAUGAUGUUUAAGAUUCAGGGUUCACUGAUGUUCCAAAGGGAUUUUCUUUGGUCGCUGUUCCUGUUUCUACACACAGAACUUCACAUACCUGCUGCUGGACAGUCACACACACACAAACAUACCUGUCCUGGCCCACAGUUCCCCCACACUUGUCCCACGUUGGCCCCAACUGGAUGUUCCCACAUUGGGCCCACAGCAGUUUUGUCCUUUUGGGUCUCCGUGGGGGUUUUCUGUGGGCAACCCAUAG